AUGUGUUUUGGUUCUUUCUUCUAUUAUGCAGGUAUUUGUGUACCAGUCUAGGGGCUGAUUUUUUAUUAUGGUAUAUGUUAAUUAUUUUCAUUUUCAUUUUUGGUUUAUUCUUAUGUUAACUCUUGGUUUCUAUUGACAUUAAUUUUUCGUUUAUAGAAGGAACAUCCAUUGGUUAAGUUUGAACACUGGGUUGAAGGAGGUGGCAUGUGCAGUGGUGAUUUUCAUUUUCAGAGUUUGAUUUUGUCCUUUUUGAGUGUCUCUCAAUUGGAGUUGUUGAAAAAGGGUGUGUUUGGACAGUUUAUGGAUUUGGUUGAUGUCCUCCUGAGUGAUAGUAUUUUCCAUUGCUUGAUCUUAUCGCAACUUUCAUCUAGUAAUGAUAGUGCGUUAAAGUUUAAGAUUUUUGAUCGCGUGUGUGUAUUUGAUUCCGAGUCUUUCCGUCUUAUUACUGGGUUGGAUUCUUUUGUUGGCGAUUUUAGUGUUGUGUCUAGCAGACCAAAUAGAUUGUGGAGACUUUAUUUUCCAAAUCAGGAUAGAAUAAGGUUGUGUGAUCUCAAGAGUUUCUUACAGAUCAAGUCAAGUAAUCGUACUGGUGGUUUUUGGGAAAGAUCUAGUGAUCCUGUUAGAUUUGCUGAGGUCUAUAUAUUGGAGAGGGUUUUGUUAGGUCGUAACGAGAAAUGUGUUGUUAAAGGUCAUCUAAUGAAGAUAAUUGACGAUGACAGUCUUCGGGUGUCUUAUCCUUGGGGUUCUCUUAGUUUUAAUUGAUUGGUACGGUCGAUUGUGGUUGUGUGAAGACUUUCAAGAGCAUGCCAUCUACACGUUAUAUGAUUAGUGGUUUCCCUUACGCUUUAAAUGUGUGGCUGUUGGAGGUUUUCCCUAUCUUUCGAGGGUUUUCAAGUUUUCAUUGUCUGAAGUCUCCUCGUAUGUUGUCUUGGGGUCCUUCAAAGCAAGUUGAUUAUAAAGUUAUUACUGAUAAUUUCUUCUAUGCUGAAAAAGUACGUGUUUCCCUUUUGUUGAUGCUUCUUUUUCUUGAUUUUUUUCCCUCUUGUUAUUUUUUGUGUUUUUGUCUAAAUUGAUGUGUUUAUAUUGUGUUAUAGAGAUUCAAAAAAUUUAUUGUCCAUGCUGUUGUUGUUGGUACGGAACAAGAGAUGCUGGAUUAUCCAGUUGCACUUAAAUUUCCUGAUGAUUUAGGCCCUUGUUCUUCCCGUGCGGUUUUGCCAUAUGAAGUUACUUCUCAGAUAGUUGAUGGUGUUUUGUGUAGUGUGAAGAAGCAACUUGAUGAUGAACGAUCUAUAAUUGUCAAUCAAGUAAAGUCUUUGGAUAGCCGUUUCGAAGAAUUGGAUAAAAAAUUUGUUGGCGCGAUUAAUGCUGUGGAUAGCUUAGUUCGUGUACAUGAUGAAACAAAGUCAUGUGUAGCAGCUUCUGAAAGUGCUAAAAGAACUUGUUUAGAAAGUAGACUUGACAGUUUGGAAAGUAAAUUUGAUUAUGUGAUGCAUUGUGUUGAAAGUUUAGUUUGACUGCAUAGCGAAAACAAAUCUUGUAAAGCAUGUGCAUCUGGUAAAAGACAACCUGAUUUGGGUUAUUCAGUGAAUGAUGAGGUGAAGUUAGAUGCACAUCUUGGAAAAGAGGAGAAUAUGCUUUGUAAAGCAAGGUCUACAAAAAAUGAGACGUCUCUCAUGCUCGAUAUGCUCUGUGAUGCUGUUGUUUCUUCAUCAAGUCAACUGUCUGAUAAAACUCAAACUCUUUCUCAGUUUGAAAAGGAAUUCGUGAAAGAAAAUGAAGACCGCGUUAAAGAAAUUGCUGCAAUUAAUAAUGCUUUUCAAUGCGGAGAUUAUGUGUUUUCUUCAAAUGAAGCAUCACAAAAUGUAAAUGAAGCAGCAACUGCUGUUGAAGAUAGUAGAAAACGUCCGAGAUGCGAAGAUGAAAACAAAGAAGAUGAUGGUUAUCCUAAUUGGUAUUUGCUUACACCAAGCAGUACUCCAGUUGAUAAACGGUUGAGUUCUGCUGUUGAAGAUAUAUACUGUACUGCAGAAGAGUUAGGAAAGUGAAUUGAUUUUUUCGUUGUUAUUUACGGCAAGUGUUAUGUUAUUGUGU